AUGAACAAUUUUACCGUAUACGUGCCACCGGCUUGUAUCACAAUGCAGGGAUGCAUGCCGACAUUCGAUACGAUAAUCGAGAUGGGGCAAGUGAUGAUGACCUCCUGGCUUCACCCACAAUGUUCUCCACCGUACACCUCAAUGUUUUCCUCUAACCUCAUUUGCAUUUACAAUUUCACUGUUCUCCUUUGUUAUACGCUUAUCUUGGUGUUACUUUUAACAAUUCGAGAGCUGAAUAUUAAUUUCAAAGUUUGCAUCGCGUUGUUGUACAUAUCGGAUGCGGUGACGCUGAUCAUGUCGGCAAGGGAAUCAGUGAUCACUGGAUGUGCGCUCAAUUUCCGAGUCGACCUCAACCUCGUUUGGCAGGGAACCAAAACCUACAUUCCAAUGCUCGGCGCUCUCAUCGCCGUUCUCCUCUCUAUCGCCACGUUUUUCCUGCAUUUGACUGGACAUAUCACCGAGAUUUGGUUCACUCCCGGUUUCUAUCAAGAGAUGUACAUUUGGCCGUUUCAACCACUUCGCAUCUUUCUCUUGUUGAUCGCAAUCUUUUCCGCUGCAAUUUUGUACAUUUGUUGUGCUUUCAUGAUUGUGUCGACUUCAAUUUGUUAUCUGCGUCGCGAGAAGUUCGUUCUUUUCACUUCACUUUGCGUUUUCAUUACGCAAAUCGUCUUCACCUAUGCCUCAUUUUGGAUGGGCGCAAAGUUGGGAAUCGGUGACCUGCCACUGAAUGCAAACUUGAGUUAUUUUGGGCGCCCGAUUUGCUGCUCGGUGGCAGCGGCGUUGCAGAUGCUCUACCUGUGCUCAACGAGUAUGCGCUCGAAUCUCAAGGAUCAGCUGGGCACUCUCCGGAACGGGAUCCGUCGGAUCGUCAUCGUCUCAAAGCAUCCGCGGAAAGUCUCCGUCGAUCCCGUCUCCGCGUCAACAAUUCGAACCGAUUUCCCAAGGACAAAUAUUCAAAGAGAACAA